GAGCUGCUUCCAAGACCAGAGAUGUGCACUAUUAAUCUGACACAUAUCAUGAGGACCUGACGGCUUUCGCGAAGGCGAAUUGAUGGUAGGUCUGUGUGAUUAGCGGAGAAGACUUCUGCGAAUUUCGUCGUUUCUGACGCACGCACGCAACAUUUGCUACACAUGGUAUCCUCCCGACGGACAUGAUUAUUCCUAAUGCCAGUUCGCGUUGUCUCUCGGUCCUGUCGAUGAUUUAUCCUUGUGAUGCUGAUGUACUGACCAUAUGUAUGUCAGCUACCUCUCACAGAUGCCUAAUCAAGAACCUCAUCGGUGGGUGCAGCUCAUUCGGCGCAUUGACCGACCAUCUUGGGGUUAUUAUCAUGUGGAUCACAUCACCAUCGAUUUCAAUCCCAAAAUCUUCCUGAUCCUUAUGACUCAUGAGGGUCAUCUUCAAACAGGAGACAGACCUUAAAGUAUUCGACUCGGUGCCAGGCUCAUCACUCGAUCGAUUGUCGAGUAUGCAAACGACGAUUA